AUGUUCGUUUCCCGUUUAAAUAAUCCGAGGAGCAAUCGACCGAAACGGAGGACGGCGCUAGUGGCUCGGGAACUGGCACGCUACAAGGUGGACAUCGCUGCAUUCGGUGGGACCCGCUUCUCCGAACAAGGUCAACUGGAGGCGGUUGGUGCCGACUACACCUUCUUUUGGAGCGGUCGUCUCAGGGCAAAGCGACGGGACGCGGGCGUCGCCUUUGCUAUCCGGAAUUACAUCGUGGGACGACUGCUCUGUCUGCCGCAGGGCAUCAACGAUCACCUGAUGAGCCUCGUCUACCUCUCCGGGAGACAAGAUCGCCACCAUCGUCAGCGUCUAUGCCCCCCUUCCCCCUCCCCCCCCCCCGAUGACCAGGACUGACGUUGCAAGGGGCAAAUUCUACGGGGAACUGCACGGACUCCUGGCGACUGUGCGGAAGGCGGAUAAGUUGAUUGUCCUUGGCGAAUUCAACGCUCGCGUCGGCACGGACCAUGCUGCCUGGAGAGGAGCGCUGGGCCCCCAUGGUCUCAAUAACUCCAAUGACAGUGGCAUGCUCCCCCUAAGAACCUGCACAGAACACUGGCUCAACCUGACCAACACCUACGUCCGCCUCCCGUUGCGAGAGAAGGCCACUUGGAUGCACCCUCGGUCGCGUCAUUGGCACCUGCUGAACUAUGUUCUCGUCCGGAGGCGAGACCAGCAGGACGUGCUGGUGACAAAGGCGAUCCCGGAUGCCGACGGGUAAACCGGGUAUCGCCUCGUCAUCUCCAAAAUGAGGAUUCGCCUACAGCCUCGCAGGAGACCCCAAGGUAAGCGACCCUCAGGUAAGUUGAACACUGCUUCAUAGUCGAUGCCUGCUCACCAUCUCCAUUUCAGCAACGAGCUAGCCGAACGGCUGGCCAACCUUCCAGGCGUUGCCGCCGCGGCCGCUGACGUGACCGCCUCCGCGGGGAACCGAUGGUGUCCACUGCAGGACACAGUCUAAUCGACGGUCCUGGCUGUCCUCGGUCGCGCACGUCGCCAACACCAGGACUGGUUCGAUGACAACGACGCCGCCAUUAGCAACCUGCUCGCCGAGAAAAACCUCCUGCACACAGCCUAAGUCGACCGCCCCACCGACGACAACAAAGCAGCCUUCUACCGUUGUCGCCGCCUUGUGCAACAGUCGCUGCGCGAGAUGCAGGACAGCUGGACCGCUUGCAUGGCCGAGGAGAUCCAAGGUCACGCGGCCCGCAAUUAAUGGAAAAUUUUCUUCUCCGCGGUCAAGGCUGUCUACGGUCCCACAGUUAAAGGCACCGCUCCUCUUCUCAGCGCCGACAGAACUACCCUACUCACUGAGAAGACACAAAUUCUACAGUGACGGACAGAACACUUCAGAGGCAUCCUCAGCCGUCCCUCCCCCAUCUCCGACGCCGCCAUUGCUUGUCUGCCUCAAGUGGAGACCAACGCCGACCUCGACCUCCCGCCCACUUUCCGCGAAACCAUCAGGUCCGUGCAACAGCUCUCCAGAGGGAAAGCGCCCGGAUUGGACGCGAUCCCUGCCAAGGUCUACAAGAACGGUGGCCCCCGACUCAUGGAUCAUCUGACGGCGCUCUUCCAGGAGAUGUGGCGUCAGGGAGAAGUCCUGCAGGAUUUCAAGGCCGCCUCAAUCGUGCACCUCACAAGCGGAAAGAUAACCGCCAGCUCUGCGACAACCACCGAGGCCUCUCCUUGCUGA